UCAGAAAGCACCGGGAAGUGGGAGGGGGGCACAGCCGGAGACUAUAUGAGGGCGGCAGGAGCUCGCCGGACUCCGAGCCCUUCGGCAGCAAGAUGUGGAGCAAAGUGGUCCGCGCGCCCGCCCUGGCGCUGCUCUUGGCCGCCGGCGCGACGGCCGGCUUCACCUCUUCCCGCUCGGAUUCGCCAGUCCUGCCCGUCGUUGAGGCGGCGGAGAAGCGGUUUAAGCCCGCCUCGCCUGCCCAGAGCUCCCUGGCCGGCACGUGGGUCAACGAGCUGGGCUCCAAGAUGGUCCUCAACCCUCCCGACGACUCCGGCCAGUUCACGGGCUCCUACCUGACGGCCGUCUCCGCCGCCCAGAAGCCCAUCCAGGUGUCUCCCCUCGUGGGCGCCCAGCACGACCCGAAGGGGGCCGAGGAGGAGUACACCUUUGGCUUCCUGGUCAACUGGUCCUUUUCAGACUCCAUCGCUGCAUUUGCGGGGCAGCGCUUUGUGGAUGCCGAAGGGAAGGAGACCCUGGAGACAACCUGGCUUCUGCGGCAGAAGGUGGAAUCCCAUGGCGAGGACUGGGAGGCCACUCGGGUUGGCAGGAAUGUCUUCACACGGGCAGCAUAACAGGAUCCGAGAGACUCCCUUGCUGCUGCUGCUGCUCUGCCAUGGAGCACCUGCAGGAAGGGGGCUUCCCUUUCCCUUCUGAUUAGACAAUUUAUAUCAAUUCCUUCUUCCGCAAACAUACAUUCUGGCUCUGACCGGCCCCCGUCCUCCCUCCCCAGCAAGUGACGAAAGAGUGCCUGGGAAAAUCAAGCUGCACCACAGGAUAGCUGCCUUCCAUGACCUGGCUGUCCCAUGGAAGAAAGAUGGAGUGAGCUUGUUUUCUGCUGCUCUGGAGGCUACAAGCUGAAAGGAAGAAGGCAAGUUACAAGGAAGGAGAUGCCAACUAAACAUCAGUUAGAGGGAAGUCAAAAAACACAUCAGGGACCCAAACCAGUUUAGAGAAUCAGAAAGAAUGUAACUGUAAAGAUAAAGAGAGAUGAAAAGUACAAAUAUGAAGGCAACAUCUUUCUAGGAAUUGUAUGUAUAGAAUAUUAAAAUUGCAGUUUGUACUCCUUAAAUGAUGGUAUUGAACAAAUAGUGUUUUCUUUUUCUUUCUUCUUUUUCUUUUCUUUUAAUCUCUAUGCAUAUUUUAUUCUGCAUUUUGAUUUAGAUUUUGGACUGUUGUUGCCGAUUGUCUUUUUAUAUGCAAAAUUAAUAAAAGCAUUUAAAAAAUAAA